GGUGUUUUGAGAACCGCUUUAGGGAGCAACCACUGCCUUAAGGACAGUUGCAUAUGAGGCAGGGACUACUGCAAGCUGCCCGCGCCCCCAGCACAGCCCAGAGAGCAGCGGCGUGAAUGCCGGGCGGUACAGAGAGGAGGCGGCCGCUGCCCUGGCAGUAAAGAUAUCCCCGGCCCCCGCUUAUCUCAGAAAGGAGACCUGCGCCGGGCCCAGAAGUCUGUUGGCGCCGGGGGUCCGUCCUCAGCAGGAAAAGGAGAGACGGAAGCGGCGGCCUGAAGUGAAGGUUUCUGGGAGCUACCCCUCAGGCGACCCCCGGUGUAUUCGGAAUUAGGCUUCUUCUGCACCGGAGCGCAGCCUGCAGGGAAAAGGCCGCAGGUCCUAGCAGGAGGUGAUAGGACUGUCAGCUGUCUUACAGUCUGGACUCAAAAGGGUCUCAGGUCCUUGUUAUUACGCAAGGAUUCAGGAAAUUAGGAUGGAUAUACAAAAAUGGUUAAACAUGACAUCAAAAGUGGCUUUGGCAAUAGCAAUAAUUCGAAAUAAACCAGAAGGAAAAAGCAGCAGACUGUACACUGAGGAACUGGCCAAACAUAUUUCUAAUCGAGAUGUUAAUUGGAAGGCAAAGGCAAUGGAACUGGAAGCUGAAGUUCUAUAUUUGCGACAACAAUGUUUUUUACACAAGAUUCAUAAAAUAUCAGGAUUGGAAAAUGAAAGGAUUGACAUGAUACAAGAGCCACAUGUACCUUCAGGUGAUUUGGAAAUGGUGAGCCAGUUAGAAGAUUCGGGUUGUGAUAUUUGUAACGAAGAAGGAUUGGAUAGGUUUUCAGAAUCUCAGCGUUCUAACAACUCCAACCAGUCAAGUACAACUCUGUCAUAUUUUGCAUCUCCUUCAAAUCAUCUUCCAAUUAUAAAAAAAAAAUCAUUUGGUGAAGAACAGCUGUCUUGCCAGAUACAAUUUCUUAGUCAUCUUCUUGGACUUGGGAAACUGACAUCAGCAGGAAGCCAUCUAACAGAUUUGACAAAGUUUGGGAAUGAUUGCAGUGUAGUGGCAGAGUCAGUUUCUGCACUGUUGAAUGGCUUACUUACCUUGUAUAAAAAUCCUAAACCAUCUGUCUCAAGGUUUCAGUCAGAAGCCAUUAGAACUGUGACAAACCUCCUCACUAAUUCACAGUUAUCUAAAUAUAUUCUCCACGAGUGCAUGAAGAGUUUAAAAGAUUUUAUAAUCCAUCUAAUCCAGAGCAUUUUAACUAACAGCAGCAUAAACAGGUUUCAGAUGCAGCAGUGCAAGGUAGACUGUCUAAACCAACUGGGGAAAUGCCAUUUGAUGCAAGCACCAUUAAUUAAUCUAAUUUUUACUGAGGUCAAGCAUUUUGUAGAUGAACUCCUCUGUCAACAGAACCAGACAAUAUAUGAUAUAUCCAAAUAUGAGAACAUCUCUAUGUUGUGUUCAUUGUUGGAAACUAUUAUCCAGCGCAGAAAAGAUGAGCAAGACAUAUGGCAUUUUGAAAUAUUUGAUGAUGAAACAAAAAUGUUCAUGCAGAACCUUGACCAUACAAUACUCCUGAUUUCUGAUGGAUUUCCAUUGUUUAGUCUAAUCCUGUGGAGGCUAAGAACAUUAUUUUCUUGCAGAGGAACAGAAGAAAAUUGAGAGUUUUGUAUAUAAAUUAUAAUAAAGUUUCUGGAAUAGCACAUUCAUACAAAUGAGUAACACAUGCAGUUUCCACUGUAACUUGCAUCUUUCCUUUUGAUUACUGUCAGCCUUUACACAAUGCAUAAAAUUAUAAAACUGAAACUUUUUAAACUCUAUCAUAUUAUUCCCAGAUUAUAUCGCACACAUCCCAUCCAUGAUUGUUUUGUG